AUGUCGAAUCAUUCCGACCAUGACGAUUACGACGAGGAAAUGGGAAGUUCUGGAAGUUACGGUGAGGAGAACUCCCUAGAGUUCACCGAUUCCGAAGGAGAGGGUAUCGACGACGUCCACCAGAUGCGGUCCAACUUCCUAGAACACCUAAGGUCGUCUUCGGAUCCGCAUGCUAGGCAAUUGGCUCAAGUUUUUCAGGCCGUUAUGCCUGGAUUCGAGCCAGCAGAGGAAGAGGAAGAAGGCGACGACAAUUUAGGUUCCGCAGACAAUGAAUUAGGCCCGCUGCUUGCCCAUCUCCGCAAUAUGACGCGAAGAAUGUUCCACCCCGUGACAGGCCCAUUGGCUGGCCGUGAAAACGAUUUAUUGGACGACGGUGAUGAUGACAUUGUGAGAAUAUCUGGCCCAAUGCGUAAUGUUUCCAAAGUACGCCUUGUACGUAUCGCACUUACCCUCACGAACAACUCCAAAAACGAUGGAAUUAUCACUCACACUUUACAUCAACUCAAUGAGGUUAUUCUACUUACGGAACAAGAUGAAUUCGGCGCUAUUGUUCCCAUAGAGCUUGUCAACAUCCUGAUCAAAAUUCUCGAUGACUCUGAAUCCAGCCCCAUGAUUCUUGUUUUAGUGACCCGUGCCAUUGCUCAUAUGUUGGAAGCCAAUGACCCCACUGUCGUCAAAAUGUUUGUCGAAUCAAAACUAUUAGAUGCCAUCAAAGUGCGAAUCGCUGAUCUCAACUAUAUCGACGUGGCCGAGCAGGCAGUCACAGCCCUCGACCGGGUUGUUCAAAGGUACCCCGGCGAAGUAAUGGCAAGUGGUUGUGUGCAGAAUUUGCUAAGUUAUUCGGAUUUUUUCAAUGUGCACUUACAGCGCAGUAUAGCCAGUAUUGUCUAUGCAUGUGCUGCUGGAAUUAAUGACAGCCGAUUCGAUGAUGUCCUCAACUUGCUAACUGCCCUGACUCCUGACCCGGUCAUUGCCAAAGGUGACCCGGUAGCAGAUACGACUAUCUUAGCCUACGCCCAACUAUUCAUUUCAAUGGAAAAGAAUAUUGAAGGCCGAGAUAGACUACAGACCUUUUUCAAUGAAGAUUAUUCGGGGACGGCCUUGGAAACUUUUAUGUUAAGCACAACGCAUACUGCGCCACAUAUUGGUCGGAUUUUGAAAGCCAUGGCUGCGAUCACAUCAUUGAGAAACUCUGCUGCAAAGCAUUUGUUCAAGGCCAACAUUGCCUCAAGGGUCGCUGGUUCCCUCGGGGAGGUGGACUUCUCUGAGCCUGUUGACCCCCAACAGACUCUUCCAAAGUUUCUGAAUACCCCAAAAGAGAAUAUCGCUGCUGCACUUGGCCUUUUUACGACAAUGCUGCCGUAUCCGAGCAAACUUGAAGACAACCUUGUAUCGCCAUUCAGGAGGGAACCCAAGAACACACCAGACCUAUCCGGAAUUGACGAGGAUCUACUAGCUCUACAUGGCAGCGUAGUAACCCGAUUAUCAGCAUCACUCUACGCGGCAUCCACCGAUUCUGUUUUGAGAGAGCAAAUUCUUCGGGUUAUGCUGCAAAUAUGUGCUUAUCUGCAAGGAGAUGUUUUCGAAGCCGUUGUGAAUGCCAUUGAUUAUCCAACUUUCCUGGCUAGUGUGCUUUCUCAAGUUGAUGCUCCCAUUCCUCUUGUUGUUGGAGCUCUUGAGAUUGUUUACGAAGUUGGUAAAAAGCUGCCUCACAAAUAUUUGGCUGAAUUCAAUCGCCGUGGAAUUAUAAAUGAUCUCGAUGGAGCCAAAAGUAACAAAGCGUAUCAUGAGCACAAGUUUUCACCAGCUCUUGCUGCUGUAAUCGAUCGAGUUCGCAAUCUGUACUCCGAGUUCCCCGAGUAUUCCCAGAACAACGAUGGAGCAGAGGCGUCAGAUCUCACCAAGGCACUUUUGCAGGGCGAAGACAAAUAUGAUGAGCUUGCCCGUGUGAUCAGAGAAUACGCCUCGCUUGAACUUAUGAAGUUUGGCGUAUUCGAGGCCGUAAUCAAACUUUUGAAUACUGCAUCAUCAAGAGAGACGGCAAUAGAGGGCCUUGGGCCUGUGAUUUCAAUACUUGUGGCAAAGUCUCAGGAUGCCCUUUCACAUGGUGAUAGAUUGGGACUGUUAUCAUCCUCAUCGUCGAGCACUGUGCAAUCGUUUGCAUCAGCACUGACCCGUCCUGUUAAUAUUCGACUUCGUGCACCUGAUCAUGAUCGUGCUUGGACUCUUCGGGUACAAGGUAUUGCCUCAAUCGAAGCUGUUGAAGAUUUCUAUCGGAGCCGCGUACCAGCUAACUACUCGCGCACACGGCGUAAUAACCUUUUUAGUCUUCUGGAUGAUAAUGCAGGAGCUACUGCCCCCACUGAGCGUGAAAGCUGGCAGGACUUUGGCGAUGACCCAGAUUUUGAUUACGGAGUUGAUCAGACCGACGAUGAUGAUUCUGAUCGUUACGAUCUCGAUAUUGACUUUGAAGAAGGUAAUGAUGAUGAUGAAGAAGAAGAGGAAGAAGGAGAAUUGUCCGAGAUUACCGAAGCUGGACCUGCGCCUCAGAGUCAAAGCUCCUGGGCUGGCGCUGCUAACGCCGUUGAAGUAAACCAUGGUGCUCAGACAGAGCAUACAAAUGAACAGCGUGCAUCUUCAACAGAUCGUCGAUGGAGGCAUGCACAAAAUCCUCUUGACGAGGCUGAUGACUGGCGCGACAGCGCAUCGGAUUCUACAGAGAAACCCAAAGUCUUUUGUUAUUUGAACGGGCAGCGCGUUUACUCCGAUAUGUCUGUCGUUGGAGCCAUUUACCGGUCUUUCCCUCCAGUUGAGGGGGACAACGUGAUACCAAAAACCCUUUGGACGGAUACCUUCGAUAUUAUAGUUUCCAAAAAGCGCCUUCCGGAAACAAAACGAGAGGGCUCAACAUAUUUGGGCCGUGGUAGAAGCAUUGAAGCUGAAUCAGUCGGUCAGAACGAGAUCCCUGCUUCGCUGAGGGAGAACAACUAUUUCUCAGUCGCGUUGAAGCUUUUGGCACUUCUUUGGGUCAUAAAUGGCGAGAGAUCGUUCUGUCACCCGCGCAGAUUUGUGAACUCGAUUUUGACGGCUAAACUCAACCGACAGCUGGAAGAUCCGCUGGUUGUCGUGUCUUCUAUUUUACCCCAGUGGACGGUCGAUGCCGUGCGUCUUUACCCGUUCCUUUUCCCAUUUGAGACACGGUAUAUGUUUAUCCAGUCUACAUCAUUCGGAUAUUCAAGGUGUAUGUCUCGUUGGCAGACCCGUGGUGAUACCGGUGAGAUCAGCGAUCUGGGACCUCAAGGGGCUCUAUCACCAUUCCAGGCCACAGCGCAGGCUAUUGCACGCACUGGAGUUCUGAAUAACGCAGGUCGGCCUGUGAAGUAUAAGGUUAAUGUUCCGCGGCAGGAUCUGUUCGCGAAUUUCGUUGAGGUGUUGCAUAUGAUUGGCAACUCGCCAGCUAUUCUGGAGGUAGAGUUCACAGACGAGGCUGGAACAGGACUUGGACCCACUCAGGAGUUCUAUGCUAAGGUUUCGCAGGAGUUCGCUUCUGUAAGUCUAGACUUAUGGCUCGGUGAGGAUGUCAAUGGCUUUUUACACCACAACCAAGGAUUGUUUCCAAAACCCAUUGCAGACUUUACGCGCAAAGUGUUUGAGUUCAGAAACCUAGGACGAUUUAUAUCUAGGGCAUUUAUGGAUCAGCGCAUUCUGGAUUUCCGUUUCAACCCAGCCUUUUUCCUGGCGGUGCUCAAGAGCCAGGGAUUCCUGCAGUCGACUACACUUACUCUCAAAGAUGUGGACUCGGACCUCUAUGAUAACCUACAGAAGCUCGACAAGGAGACGGUUGAAAGUCUCGAGCUGACAUUUGUUUUGCCGGGCGAUGAAGACGUGGAAAUUUGUGCUGAUGGCAAGCAGAAGCUUGUGACCGCAGACAAUCUCGAUGAAUAUAAGCAGCGGGUUGAAAGUUUUAUGUUGGAGGAUGGUGUGAAGUUUCAAAUUGACCAAUUUGUUGCGGGGUUUUCGGAGAAUUUGCCGAUCGCUUCUCUGCAGGCUCUUUUGCCAGUAGAGAUUUGCCGGAUGUGCGGUCAAAGUGAUGAAGAUUGGUCAGUUGAGACUCUAAGUUGUAGUAUCCACGUUGACCAUGGAUACAGCAGUGACAGUCCAGCGGUACAAAAUUUGAUUUUGGUCAUGUCUGCAUUGACUUUGGAAGAGCGCAGGGCAUUUCUGCAGUUCACCACAGGAUCUCCCAAUUUACCAAUUGGAGGAUUUAAAGCAUUACAGCCCCCGUUCACGGUUGUGCUCAAGCACCCAGAGGAUGAGAAGAUCGACCGGGAUCAAUAUUUACCUUCGGUUAUGACCUGCGCAAAUUAUCUCAAACUGCCCAACUAUUCAUCGCGGGCGAUCAUGGCCCGUCAAAUUAGGGUUGCUGUGGAGGAAGGAUCAGAUUCGUUCCAGCUGUCGUAG